GCAGCCCUGCCAAGUAACCAAACAAGCAGUUAUCCGCGUGCAAUUUGUUUUGCUAUUUAUGUUUCAAAUUUCAGUUUUUGUAAAUCCCUGCAGGCAACCAAUUGCACUACCAGCACAGCCUUGUUCCACGUCACGCCCAUGUUCUGCCGGCACCUACUGUCACUACGGCUUGACGCCAGAAACCACAAUUUGUUGCUCUCUCGAAGGGAAUCCGUGUGAUCAGCCGCUAGUGACGGGUAUCGGCAGUGGGUCGCAACAGCGUUGGUACUAUAAUGCGCAGCGUGGCACCUGCGAAAUGUUUUUAUACAAAGGCUUAAAGGGCAAUGCCAACAACUUUUUGAGUCAACAGAGCUGCGAGCACUCUUGCAGGCCAAAUCCGUGUGCCGAGGGUAAGCACCUUACGUUACAUCAGAUCCGUUUUCAAAUCCUGAUAAUUUUGAUAAUUCAUGGCUUGUCAAGCCACAUACUCGAACUGGAAAGUUUCAAAAAAGCUAUUUCUUCAGGGCGGCCGUACAGCACACCGGAUGGGCGUUAUCUGAGUUGCGACGUAUCGCUGGAAGUUAGCAGCUGUCCAAGCGGAUACUGGUGCAAUCCUGGUGCCACUCGGCAUACUGCUGUUUGUUGCCCUGGAGCAGUUGCUGACCCAUGCACUCUUCCUGUGAUAACCGGCGAAGGGGAUGAAGAGCUGGAACGCUACUAUUACGAUGCAGCAACAAAAACGUGUCGAGCAUUCACGUACCGCGGCAUGAAAGGAAAUCAGAACAAUUUUUUAACUAUGACGGCCUGUGAGCAGCAAUGUCAACCACUCGAAAAUCCUUGUAUUGGUCAGCCAGCAACAACUGCUGCUGGUCAAGUUAUUUUUUGUUCGGCAACCAACAAGGAAAUGUGUCCAGUGAAUUUUUGGUGUCAUGUUGGGGCUACACCCGAAACAACUGUUUGCUGUCCCGGAGGUAGUUUUUUUUUUUUGAACUCUGUUAUUCAUUUUCUAAUGUAAUU